AUGGAUGAAGGUACAAGACUCUAUCAUAUUCGUAAGACUAUCUUACAAAUGUUGUCCGACCGAGGCUACAUGAUUACAAAUAGCGAGUUGGAACUCACCAAAGAAGAUUUUAAGAAAGACUUCACUGCACAUAACAACUCUAGAGAACACUUAAAUUCAAGUUAUAAUAAAAAGGAUGAUGCAGCAGAUAGAAUAUUUACAUUUUUCCCGGCAGAUGUAAAGGUUGGUGUUACACCAAUCAGAAAGUUUGUCGAUCAGAUGAAAGGCCCACACGGCGGUAACCGUGCCAUCAUCAUUGUGCAAUCAAACUUGACAGCAUUUGCCAAACAAGCAUUGUCAGAGUUCUCACAGGCUAAAAAGAUCGUUCUCGAGCAAUUCAACGAAGCCGAGCUCCUUGUCAACAUCACUCAUCACCAACUUGUACCAAAGCAUAUACUCUUAACCAAAGAAGAAAAGAAAGAACUUCUCACCAGAUACAAAAUGAAAGAAACUCAAUUGCCACGUGUUCAAAUGAAUGAUCCCGUUGCAAGAUACUUUGGUUUGGCUAGAGGUGAUGUAGUAAAGAUUAUUAGACCUUCUGAAACUGCUGGUAGAUAUAUUACUUAUAGUAAUAUCAGUAGCACAAGUAGACAGAUAAUAGAGGACAUGAUUGAUAUAAUGUUAAACGCAAGUUGUAGUAGUACAAGUAGUUCAUUGGAGAACUCACCUCGGUAUACGUCUAGGCUUUGGCGUCUCGAAGAUGGUAAGAGUUCAGAGUUGGACAAGUCUGAUGAUUCAAUCGGUAUCGAUGCCGUCAUUGAAAAUCCAGAGGAAUGUGUAUUAUGGUAUUUCACUUAUUUCUUGGGAAAGAAACAUUCCAAUUUUUUAGGAACAGCUGAAACUAUUGACAAAGUGUCUGGAGUUGGAACUGGAGUAUUAGAAGUGUUUGGAGCAUCUGUAUUAAAGGAACAUACUGAAAAUGGUGAUUAUUCCUACAAGAUUAUUGUAUUUACAACUACUGGUAUCGAAAGACAAAUGUUCCAUGCAAGACCCAAACAUACAUUAUCUCCAUCGGAAUUGAUAAAAAAGACAGCACCUCAUCUCAUCAUUAAAAAGGUAAAAGAGAUUGAAACACCUGGACUACUUCAAGACUUUAAACAAUUGGAAUCCACUCAAACCGAACUAUCAUACAAAUUUGGUAUACUCUUGGCAAAACCCGGUCAGAAUCACGAAGAUCAAUUCUAUGACAAUUGUAUAGGUAGUGAAAGAUAUCACGAAUUUUUAAAGAAUCUUGGUGAUACUAUACCAUUAAAUGGUUUUAAAGGUUUUCGUGGUGGUUUAGAUGUUAUUAAUGAUACAACAGGAAAAGAAUCAAUUUUUACAACAUGGAAUGAUUAUCAAAUUAUGUUUCACGUAUCAACCAUGUUACCAUAUAUGCAAGUUUAUAGUUCACAACAUCAACAACAACAAAGACAUCUCGAACCAACACCAUUAAAUGGUAAUAGUUCACAACAACAACAACAAAGACAUCUCGAACCAACACCAUUAAAUGGUAAUAGUACUAUGGUACAAUGUCAAUUGGAUAGAAAAAGACAUCUUGGAAAUGAUAUUGUUAUGAUUAUAUUUUAUGAUGCUGAAACUGAUGACGAUGUCAUUUCUUGGGAUCCAUCAUCUGUAAAUUCAAAAUUUAAUCAUAUUUUUGCAAUGGUAAAACCACAAGGAGAUGAUGGAUAUAAAGUAGAAUUUAUAAUUAAAAAUACAAUUGCAACGUUUGGACCAAAAGUACCAAACCCUAGUUAUUUCCAAAAAGGUGAUUCUUUUAAAAACUUUUUAUUGGCCAAACUAAUCAACGGACAAAGAGCGGCCCUACAAUCAUCUUCAUUUUCAAAAAUCAUUCAAAGAACCUUCCAAGGUCAACUACAAAACAUCUAUGACAAAUACAAUCAAUCCUCUAUCAUCCCAAGAAGAAGAUCGGCAUCUGGUAACAAUAUUAUGAUUGGCAAGGAAUUAAAAGAAAAAGAAUACGUUAAAAAUCCUCUAAGUUCAACUCUUAAAAAUAUGUUAUCAAGACCUGCUAUAUUUGAAACAGAAAUAUUACUUCGAAAUUAUAAUGAUAGUAUUAAUUGUUUGGAUGUUGUUGAAUCUGAAGAUUCAAUUUGUAUAUUAGUAUUUGCAACAAAUGAGGCCAUAUUUAUUUUUAAAACAAAUAGUAAUUCACAAGAACCUCCAACUUAUCAAAAAGUAAUGUCAAUCAAGGAUGUAUCAAAAUUAACAUUUAUAAAACAAUUAAAUGUUUUGAUUGCAUUGACACCAAAGGGUAUCCAUGUGUAUGAUAUGAUUGGUGUUAUGACAUAUUAUCGUCACCGUGUCGAUCAGCGUCUCCCGGAUCGUAGCUCGGAUGAGCCGUCAGCAAAGAGAUUGAGCGAUACCAAGGGAUGUACAGAGUAUGCAUACACCAAAAACGACGAUGACAGUGGAAUCACAUUACUGUAUGUGGCCGUACGCAAGACCAUCUACCAGUUUGAAUGGUGUCGUAACCAAUUUGUCAAAAACAAAGAGUUGGUGAUGAGUAUACCGAGUGAUCAAAUCAUCAAAACUAUGUGUAGUGUCGGCCCGGGUAUGGUGUGUGUCGGAGUGUCAUCUCAAUUUUUAUUGGUCGAUAUGUUUACAGGCAUGGUUAAAGACCUCUAUCGAAAGGUGGAUUCUGAGCCUGUCAUGGCACUCUGCACGUCUGCUCAAGAGGUGUUGCUGUGUUUCAACAACAUUGGGUUCUUUGUCAACGAGCGUGGUACGCGAACCCGUACCUAUGACUUGAAAUGGGGUAGUAUUCCAUCAAGUCUAUUGCUACUACCCAAUUAUAUUGUUGCUAUAUCAGGUGCUUUAAUUGAAAUUAGAACACUGAUCAAUGGUAAUAUAAUUCAAUCAAUUCCAACUUCCUCUCUAAACACCUCCUCCUCUUCAAAUGUAAAUAUGAUUAUUAACAACAACGCACCAAUUACUCUACUCAAUGGAAGUGGUGGAUUUGAAAAAGAUAAUGUUGUCAACUUGGGUAAUAGUAAUGGUAGUACACCAAAUAGCAGUCCAUCACCUAUACUACAAUGGAUGGCAUCUAAAGAAGGUAGUAUUACUAGUACCAGUACCAGUACUAGUAUGACUACCAUGUCAGCGUCAAUGCCAAUUAUCCCAACCAUUACUCUCCUCCCUCCUCCUUUUGCGUCGCCAUCAACCCUUCCAACCUUUUCUUCACACAACUCGUUUAAUACGUUUAACGGGAUGGCAUACUCGGACAGUAGUGGAAAUAUUUAUGUAGCAUCGUCAUCCAAGGGAUCAUGUAUUAUUAGAUUAAAAGCAUCACAAUCUUCUUCCCUUAUCCUCUCACCUCCUUCAUCUCCUUCUGUUCAAUAUCUAAAAGAUACCAAGGGAAUUCUCAGUAUAUCAACAAUUGAUAGAUUAUAA